AUGGCGUCCCCGACCGAAGAGACCCGCAAGAAACGAAAGACAACAGGCGACACGACCUCUGCUGGUCCUUCGCCCACCCCAUCAAAAAGCGAACCGCUACUUCACCACCAUUCGAGCGCUGAUGGGGAUAUUCUACUUGUUUCGAGCAAUGGGACAGGGUUUUUGAUCGAGAGCUAUAUGCUCAAGGCUCAUAGCUCUGUCUUUCGAGAUAUGCUUUCCUCAAACGAUCUCCUCCCCUCCCAUUCUUCGUCGCCUUCAGAAAGAGCGCGCCUGGAUCUUUCCGGAGACACCGAAAACGCUGCCACCGUGAAGACCGUUCUUUCUAUCCUCGACGACGGCCUGACGUUGCGUGCGCUGGUCGAUGACCUUAAAUCUCAGUCGAUUCCUGUGCUACACAACAUGCUUCACUUUGCUCAAGAAUGGGACAUGCCUUUCCUCUCGAAUCACGUCCAGAGUAUUCUCAGCAAGGCGCUGCAACAUCCCGACGACCUAAUACGACAAGUUGCGGAAGAGAGAUUGAGUCCCGGGGACAUCUUCAUCUUGGCUGCUCGUUCAGAAAUGCCUCACCUGGCGAGGCUUGCGGUUGCGAGAAUGUCCUAUUGGUUCGAUGAAUCGGACAGGCCCGAGAAAGGCGCUUCACCACCAAUAUAUACCCAUUGGUGGCACCCGGGGAUCAAAGUUGGUGCGGCCUCCUAUCCUUGCAUCAAACCGAGCGCCUUCGCCAUGAUCCCAAACAAAUAUAUGUGGUCUCUUCUGGAAUCAGGCCACCCAACUAUCGACAAAUCAGAGCGCGGGGAUGAAUUCUUGCAAUCUAUCGAUAGUCAUGACUACUGCUUCCAUGGUCUUUGA